AUGGAAAUGGCAUCUGAUGACUCUGUGGAAUCCGAAGACAUGUCACAUCGAAGGCUUGAAGCUGGGGAGAGUUCUUUUACCGUUGAUGGACAUAACUCAGGGGAACAUGCAUGGGCAAGUCCAAUGCCAAACUGUGGUAUCGACCGACUUAAAGAGUCUCAAGAUUCGUCAGGUGCCGUAAGCUUUCCAGACCGAACACAUGGCAUUGUCAAUCAAGGAUCAGUGCGCAAAUUGGUAAGUCGUAUGACAAAGCUAUUCCAUGAGGACGACAAGAUGGAUCCAACUAAGCACAAGGCACACUACCGUCGAGGUUCGAUUCUAAUGAAACAUUUAGAGGACAAAAAAGUAUCUGGCAAAGCAACUGAGACAGACAUGAAGUUUUUUGAUAUGGUCAAAAAACGAUUUGAUGCGAAUUUUAUGGAAUCUCGAACUAUAAUCUCGCUUUCUGUGUUCCAAACUGGAUCGAAUCCGAUGGAUGAUCCUUUCGCAGUCAUUCAUAUGCCAGUGGAGAUCCAACAGGGCUUUCGUCGUAAACUUUUUACGAUUUUCACUAUACAAUUACUUGCAGUUGUUUUACUUGUUGCUUUUUUAUCGUACUUGCCACCAAUCGCCAAAUUUUUUGAGAAAACGUUUUCCUGCUGGCAAUACGUCAUUAUGACAUUUGUAAUCAUGAUUCUAGCACUGUUGUGGCUAUACCUCGUAAAAUAUCGGUUUCCUCUCAACUUCAUGGUUCUUGGAGCGUAUUCUAUCACACAAAGUGUUUUUUUUACCGCUUUUGACUGCUAUUUAAAAACAAAGGCCAGUCUGUUCAUGUUUAGCUUUCUUUUUGGUAUCAUGGGUGUAGCUACGUUACUUUGUACGAUCAUUACCAAACGUUCGUUUGAUGAAAACAUUCAACCGACCUUAAUUAGCUAUCCGGUUGUGCUUAUAAUCGCCUUUUUCGCUGGCUUUGUGACUUCGCUAUUCAUUUAUUUUUUUUACAUGAUGGAUGUGGUGUCGCCAUUACAAUUUAGUGCAUCACUCGCUGCCAUGAUGUUGCUCAUCAUGUGGUUUGCUUAUGAUGCAUCAUGUAUGAACGAAAGACUCUCUCCGGACGAGUACAUGCAAGGUGACUGCGCUUGUUACGGCACAGCAGAUAUUAUUCCAAUUGGUCAUUUUGAUGUCGGCAACAAUGAUGACGAUUCAAGAGCAAAUGGAGACGAGGGCGAUGGCUAA